UUAUAGGGCACUAGUAAACAUCCUUGGUGUCCUUUAGGAAACGUGGUAUUUCCAAUGUUCUAUGGCUAUUAUGAAGGAGAGGAUUGAUUUUGAGGUCUAUCAUGAAAGAUUAUAUGGGUUAUGGAACUUACAUCGAUAAUUUUGCUGGCUCAACUAACGAUCUCGUUAUGAACCCUCAACCAUCGCAGUGUGUUAUUACCAAACAGUUACUCCCGAACGGUGGUCGAAACAUUUCAAUUAUCUUUCUACCCUUUCUCUUUCCUUAUAUUCUACAGCUUGGUGGAAGUUUCAUUAUAAUCUGAAAUUGCACUAAAAUGGCAGACAGGGAAGGCGGUAAUCGAAAAUACUGGCUCAUGAAAGCUGAAGGUGAGUCCCGUAUUGUUAAAGGCAUUGACGUUGCAUUCACAUUUGAGAUGCUGGAAAAAAUUACAAAAGAAGGAAAGAUGGAGUCUUGGAGCGGUGUCAGAAAUUAUGAGGCUCGUAAUAUGAUUCGAGAUCAAAUGUCUAUAGGUGAUUAUGCGUUCCUUUACUGUUCCAAUUGUAAAUUCCCUCAUAUUAGAGGAGUAAUGGAGAUUUGCUCAGAACCUCAUCCGGAUGAUUCUUGCUGGGACCCGAAUGAUCCCUACUAUGAUCCCAAAUCAACCAAGGAAAAGCCGCGAUGGUACUCGGUAGGUGUACAAUCACGAUAUCCUUUUAAAAGGCCUGUAACUCUUAGGGAAUUAAAAAUGCAUAUUAAUGGAAAGCUUUCACAUAUGUCCUUACUUAAUCGGGCACGACUUAGUAUUUCCAAAGUCAAUAAAGAUGAAUGGGAUUUCAUUCAUCAACUUGCUGAACUGCCCGAACCCAGUGAAGUACAAGAGGCAAGGGAGAAGGAAAACCAAAAGGAAACGAAGAAGAGAGAAAGAAGGGUAGACGACGAUGGGAAGGAGGACAACAAGCAAAAGAAAAGCAAAAGCCCUUAUAUCGCAGCAGCUGGAGAUGAUGAUACUUCAUUAAACGCUAUUAAGCAAAGUAGAAUUAAAGAAUGCAAUAUAAAAUAAACAAUAAGUGUAACAACAUUAGCAAGCG